GUUGACAUAUUUUGCUUAAUAAAUAAGAACCCGAGCCUAGCCUAGAGCCAUCACUUUUUGCGCUAUGCUAUAGUCCACGAAAAGCAGCCCGUCGAGAUAUACUUUUAAGACCAAAUCUUCCUGGAGCUCACAGAAGAUGGCAUCUUCGAGGCUUCGGCGCGCAUUUCGCUAUCCGGAUGAUUCGGAAAAUGACGAGAAUGCUCGUGAGGAGCUGGAUGAAGAAGAGCAAGAGCGCGUAAUCAAUGGUCUGAAAACACUUCACGACAGGCGAAACUCUGAAUAUAUUAUCAUCUUUACGGCCAUCCCGGUCUUGACGGCUACCAUCUAUAUACCCACAAUGCUCUCCAGUUCAUUCACCAAUUUCGAGCGAUGCCUAGCCCUCACCUGUGUACUGUCCUUGUUGACAACAGCCCACACCAUGAGGUCUUUACCGCAUCAGAGUCUCGUUGUCAAGGGCAAGAGACUCGUAACAAACUCCAAUGGCCUCUUCCAAGCUCAACAACUACUUCUAAUCAUCAAUGCAGCAUGCUGCGUACUACUAGCGCUAUUAUACCUUAUAUCCGCAUCGACGAAAUCGUGGUUCAAAACGGAGCCGAUCACAUCCUUGGUCCCUGGAGCAAUGUUGGCGACUGUCUCAAUUGCGCGCAGGUUCAUGCUGUCUGUUGAUAUUAAGGACCUUGAGAACCUUCGAUAUGGUUACAAAGGAGCUUAACUCGCAAACCUAUCUCCGUCCGACACCACAAUACUUCUCGGGAGGUUGUUUUUGGGGGGGGUGCCUCUGACCGAAAGGGGGAGAGGAAAAGCCCAAGAGCACACAUUUCCGUGGAAAACUAUGAAGAUGUCCUCAUGUUGUUGCAUCACGAGCGUGAAAUUCGUCUAUUUCUCUAUUAACAAAAUAGCUUGAGAUGAUUGGAGACCGCCCCCUUGAAAUAACCAACAUUAGAGCGAAACA